CAGCUCCAGCUGAUGUUGUUGACGAAAACAAACCAACUGAGCUUAUUUUUGUUCGUUUAAUCACGAAGUUUUAGUCCAAAGUCCGUUUAGUUUCUGUGGUGGUAUUGCUUUUCGCUUUUUAAUCGUAUUUUAAAAUGGGAGAGGCUGUAAAAGCGGGUUUGAAAAGUGUGCUUGAGCGAUUCGAAGCCGCCUGCAAGAGAAGGCCACCGGAACUUUCACUGAUUCGCCCUCGUUUGGUGGCUGUGAGCAAAACGAAGCCCAACGAAUUGAUAAUCGCAGCCUACGAAGCUGGCCAGAGACAUUUUGGCGAAAAUUAUAUCCAGGAGCUCAACCAAAAGAGCAACGAUGCAGAGAUUUUGUCCAAAUGCCCAGAGAUUAGGUGGCACUUCAUCGGCCGCCUGCAAAGAAAUAAAGUCUCGAAAGUGGUUAACACUCCAAACUUAUACAUGGUCGAGACCAUCGAUUCCGCAAAACUAGCGUCGGCAUUGCACGAAGCGUGGGGAAAGUUCGGCAAGGAGCCUAUCAAAAUCAUGGUCCAGGUCAACACUAGCGCCGAAGCUGAAAAGGGUGGACUGAAACCGGAAGAAACUCCAGAUGUUGUGAGUCACGUGUUGGAGAAGUGCCCGAAUCUUAAAUUUGCAGGACUGAUGACAAUUGGGCAGUACGGCUACGACAUAUCUUUGGGCCCAAAUCCUGAUUUUCAAGUUUUGACAAAGUGUCGCCUAGAUGUGUGCCAAAAGCUGGGACUCAAAUCUGAUGAGGUCGAACUUUCGAUGGGAAUGUCGGAUGAUUUUGAACAUGCGAUUGAGGUUGGAAGCACAAAUGUUCGAGUGGGAAGUUCAAUAUUUGGAGCGAGGCUUUACAAGCCUAAAAGUCCAACACAUGAAGACCAAAAGUGAUACUAUGAAACUUUUUAAUUUUCUUGUAAAAUUAAUUAAUAAUAAAACUACGAAAUUGUAUAAAAGAUAAUUCAAGAAAAUAAUAAUAACCAUACG